AUUUCCAUAACUAAAUUUAAACAUGUUUUCUCUAAGCACCUGCCAUCUCCUCCUUUCUCUCUUUUGCGGUCUCCUUAUUAUUCAGACGCAUUGCGAUGAUCCAAAUAUACGGACAUACAUCGUGUACAUGGGGGAUCAUGCGAAGGAAAUGAAAGACGUCGCAGAAUUACAUCACACGAGUAUGGUUCAAAAAGUCCUUGGCAGAAACUUUGCACCAGAAACUCUGCUGCACAGCUACAAGAAGAGUUUCAAUGGAUUUGCGGUGAGGUUAACACCAGAGCAAGCUGAAAGGAUGGCCGAAAUGGAUGGGGUGAUCUCUGUUUUCCUAAGCGAAAAGCACAAGCUCCAAACAACGCGGUCAUGGGACUUCAUAGGUUUUCCACAGCAAGUGAACAGAACAAGUGUGGAGAGUGACAUCAUUGUCGGAGUAAUCGAUACCGGAAUUUGGCCCGAGUCAGAUAGCUUCAACGACCGAGGAUUUAGUUCACCACCAAGAAAAUGGAAAGGCUCUUGCCAAAACAUCACUUGCAAUAACAAGAUAAUUGGAGCAAAAUACUUUCGGGUGGAUGUUACAGUUGGCGAAGAUGAUAUUAAAUCUCCAAGGGAUUUGGAUGGCCAUGGCACUCACUGUGCCUCCACAGCUGCAGGAAACCUGGUUAGCUCAGCAAGUCUAUAUGGGCUGGGCUCGGGCACCGCGAGAGGGGGAGUACCAUCAGCUCGCAUUGCUGUGUACAAACCCUGUUGGUCAUCAGGUUGUAAUACAGCUGACAUUCUGGCAGCAUUUGACGAAGCAAUCGCUGAUGGCGUCGACAUACUUUCUGUAUCACUUGGCUAUCAAUCUGUGACACAUCGUGACUUGUUUGGGGACGUGUACGCAAUUGGAUCUUUCCAUGCAAUGAAGAAUGGAAUUCUAACCUCAACUUCUGGCAACAACUUGGGUCCAAACCUUUCGACCACCACUAAAGCUGCUCCCUGGAUGCUUUCUGUGGCUGCAUCCACGAUAGAUAGAAAGUUCUUCACCAAGGUUCAAUUGGGAAAUGACAUGGUUUUUGAGGGAAUUUCGACGAACACCUUUGAUCUCCAAAAUAAAACUUACCCCUUGAUUUACUCUGGAGAUGCACCCAAUAUCACUGGUGGAUUUAACAGUUCGAUAUCAAGGUUUUGCAUUGAAAACUCGUUGGAUGAAGCGAUGGUGAAGGGGAAAAUCGUUUUGUGUGAUAGGCUUCCAGAUGAUGCUACAGGACUAGUGUCUGGGGCGGUUGGGGUUGUGGUUCUGGCCAAUUACCCAACAGAUUCAGCAUCUCGCUUUGCUUUUCCUCUUGCUCUCGCUAUGCUUAAUCUAAAUGAUGGCUUGCCCAUUCUCUCUUACUUGUCUUCUUCAAGCAAUCCAACUGCUACUAUAUAUAAGAGUAAUGAAGGCAAAGAUCCUUUCUCCCCUUACAUAGCUUCCUUUUCUUCAAGGGGUCCAAACACAAUUAUUCCCAACAUUCUCAAGCCUGAUAUAGCUGCCCCAGGAGUAGAUAUCAUAGCCGCUUGGUCUCCCAUUUCGCCUAUUUCAGGUGUGAAAGGAGACAAGAGGGAGUCAAACUUCAAUAUAAUAUCAGGAACUUCCAUGGCUUGCCCUCAUGCUACUGCAGCAGCCAUAUAUGUCAAGUCAUUUCAUCCCACUUGGUCUCCAGCAGCAAUCAAGUCUGCCUUAAUGACUACUGCCACUCCAAUGAGUUCCGCUCUCAACCCUGAAGCUGAAUUUGCAUAUGGAGCUGGACAAAUUAAUCCCAUCAAGGCUGUGACCCCUGGCUUGGUAUAUGAUAUCAGUGAAUCUGAUUGCGUGAGGUUUUUGUGUGGGCAAGGUUAUAAUGCGACAAACCUACGAAUCAUUACACAGGAUGUCAUCGACUGUGAGGAAACUAAGGUUGAAACAGUGUGGGACCUCAAUCUCCCAUCUUUUGCUCUUAAGAGAAACAUCUCAGAACCUUUUGUCAGUGUGUUUCAUAGAACUGUGACUAACGUUGGAGCAGCUACAUCUAUAUAUCAGGCCGAAGUGAUUGUUCCUCCAUCUUUGCUAACGUUAACCAUCAAAGUGGCACCAGAUGUUUUGUCUUUUUCAUCUGAGGGUGAGAAGAAGUCAUUUACAGUUACAGUUGAAGGAACUAUAAAUGUGGGAAUGAUCUCCGCAUCUUUGAUUUGGGAUGAUGGCAAUUUCCAAGUGAGAAGCCCCAUGGUGGUUUAUAGUAUUGAGUGAGUGCCACACAUGGAUUGGCAAAAUAUAAUUCUUUCUUGAAUUUCCUAUAUAUGAACGUGCUGCAUAAAGUCGAGCGAAUAAACACGCUCAAUAUAUACUACUAUUUGCUUAAAUAUGUCAUUUUUUAUUCUCCUGUAUGUCUAAAGUAAAAAUAUGUUUAAUUGUUGCUGGAUGACUAGAGGCCCCUUGGAUGCUUCCUUCAGUGCAAUGAAAAAGGAUGGUUAUUAAUUUAUCAUGUAGCAUAAUUUUAUAUUUAGCCCUGUUA